AAAAGAAGGCCCAAAACGUGCCAUUUGCUUCAUUAACAAUCGUCAAUCCAUGUCGACGAUUUUCGGCGCACGUUACGCACCUAGCUCGCUCAUUUUCAUAGUUGGCGCACGUUAGCAUCUCUCCAAGCUGCAUUAUUAUUGGCCGUUGUGUGUGUCCCAUAAAGGCUUAGGGUUCCGGAUUCAGGUCGGUGUCGCCACCGCCCCUCGUGUUUCAUCUCUUCCUCUUCUUCGUCGGAGUAAAACGGAUCGUCAAAUUUACAGAUCAGCUCUUGUGGAGGAUAUGGGUGAAGAAGACACCGUGACGGUGGAUCAGAACAGUUUCGGUGGUGGCAAAGAUUCUUUGCUCCUUAAUCGUCAUUCGUCGCCAUUGCCUUCACCGACACAGCUAUCUUCUAAAGUGAUUACAUUGCCUACCGUAUUAACCCUAGGCCGUGUAGCUGCCGUUCCGAUUCUCGUCGCGACCUUUUACGUUGAUUGCUGGUGGGGAAAAACUGCUACAACAAGUAUUUUUGUUGCAGCAGCCAUCACAGAUUGGCUUGAUGGAUAUAUUGCUCGAAAGAUGAGAUUGGGUUCUGCAUUUGGUGCUUUUUUGGACCCAGUGGCGGAUAAGCUUAUGGUAGCAGCUACAUUGAUAUUGUUGUGCACUAAACCAAUGGUCGCCGUUGUCUUAGGACCAGUUCCAUGGUUAGUGACAGUACCUUCAAUCGCCAUCAUUGGUAGAGAGAUUACUAUGUCUGCAGUAAGAGAAUGGGCUGCAUCUCAAAACGGCAAGCUUUCAGAGGCUGUUGCUGUAAAUAGCUUGGGAAAGUGGAAAACCGCAACGCAGAUGAUAGCGUUAACCUUACUUCUUGCAAGCCGGGAUAGCAGUUUUGAGAGACUAUUACCGUCGGGUAUUGGGUUGCUCUAUGUAUCUGCAGGGCUCUCUAUAUGGUCUUUAGUUGUUUAUAUGAGGAAGAUAUGGAGAGUACUGCUAAAGAAGUAGCAACAAAAAAAAAACUCUUUUUCUGGGUUUUUGCAUUCAGUAUAUACACAUAGAAUGGAAGAUUUGCUCAGGGACAUUUACCUCUCUUCUUCUUGAAGAAAGCUGACUAAUUUCU